AUGGAUACGCAGACCGCAAGUCAGGACGGCGGCCACCACGCCGUAGUUUUUGGCUGCUCAGGAAUCAACGGUUGGUCCUUGGUCAACCAACUACUCUCUGGAUAUCCCUCGAAUGACACUUUCAUCAAGCCGGUCGAUGGUCGCUUGCAAGUCAUCUCUGGCAUUGAUCUCUUGACAGAGGACGAUGUUGCUCUAGCCAAGUCUUUGACAGAAAAGGUCUCCUCUGUAGAGACAGUCAGUCAUGUUCACUAUGCUGAAUAUCGCGCGAGCGACGACCCCGUGGAUGAAUGUCGUAUGAACAAGGAGAUGCUUUGUAAGGCCGUACAAACACUCGAAACUUUCUCUCCCAAGCUAUCUUUUGUUACACUAAUUACAGGAACAAAGGCAUAUGGCGUGCAUCUUCUCGGCAAGUUCCCCUUCCGUGGACAAGUGCCUUUGAAAGAAGACCUCCCUCGAUUGUCGGCAGAAUAUGCCAAAGACCUCUUUUACUACCACCAAGUCGAUCUCCUCCAUGAGCUAUCGGCAGGCAAAUCAUGGGCAUGGUGCGAAGUCCGUCCUGAUGUGAUUGUCGGUAUCACUCCCUUAGGCAACGCCAAUUGCAUGGCCCAAACCAUGGGCAUCUACCAGGGACUAUACCGCGCUCUUGAGGGUGAUGGAGCUCGCGUCCCAUUCCCAGGCAAUGAAACUACCUGCCGCCUCUUCACCGACUCCAACCAAGACAUCAUUGCCCGGUUCUGCAUCCAUGCUUCAUUUCAGCUACGGGACAAGGUUCACACCCAAGCCUUUAACAUUGCAGAUGGCGCAACGCCCGCUUCCUGGUCACAGCGCUGGCCGAUUCUGGCGUCAUACUUUAGCCUAGAAGGCGCUAGUCCCGACGAUUCCAGUUUGCAUCCCACCGCGUAUAUUGGCAGACACUGGGAGAAGUUUCGGAAAUUGUGCCGUGAGAAGAAGCUGAAGGAGGAUGUCAUUUACAAGGGCAUGCAUAAUACAGGGGGAAGGAUGGUCAUUUUGCGGUUGAUGGGUUUUGAUAGACCGUUCGAUUUGGGGAGAGCCAAGGAAUUGGGAUUCGAAGAAGAGAUAAACACAGCUACUUCAUGGUACACUGCGUUUGAUAGUCAGGAGAGCAAAUAUUAUGCUAUAGUCAAAUUGAUGCAAUAG